GAAAUCACUCCUUUUAUAGUUAACGGAGCGCGCAGCGGCUGUUUUCCGGGUUCACGGUGGCGCAGCAUGUAGAGGAGGCGGCCCGCCGGGAGACACCUGGACGCACCGGAGCCGGACGCAGCGCAUCGAUCCGCACUUAUCGAUCAGCUAUCGGUGAAGCAUGGGGAACCUGAUCAAGGUGUUGACCAGAGACAUCGACAACAACGGAGGAAACUUCUUCCUGGACUUUGAGAACGCUCAGCCCUCCCAGUCGGAGACGGAGGUGUGGGAGAAGGUGAACCAGGUGCUGAUGGAGGCUCGGGUCAUCCUGGACGAUCUGCAGGCCUACAGAGGAGCUGGAGAGGAGAUCCGACAGGCGAUCCAGAGUCCUGGUGUGGAGGGCGUUCAGGAGAAGGCCUGGUCGGCUGUGGUUCCUCUGGUCGCAAAACUCAAAACCUUCUACGAGUUCUCCCAGAAGCUUGAGUCCAGCCUGCAGUGUCUCCUGGACGUCCUCACCAGCUCCAGCUCGACUCCGACUCAACACCUGGAGCAGAAACAGGCUCUGGCUCGUCAGUUCGCCCACAUCCUUCAUUUCACGCUGCGCUUCGAUGAACUCAAGAUGACAAACCCGGCAAUCCAGAACGACUUCAGCUACUACCGCCGGACCAUCAGCCGCAUGCGAAUCAACAACCUGUCUGCCAACGCAGGAAAUGAGGUCAACAAUGAGCUGGCCAAUCGGAUGUCUCUGUUUUACGCCAGUGCCACGCCGAUGCUGAAGACGUUAAGCGACGCCACGUCAAAGUUCGUCUCAGAUAAUCCAGACUUGCCGAUUGAGAACACGACGGACUGCCUGAGCACGAUGGCCAGCGUGUGUAAAGUGAUGCUGGAGACGCCUGAGUAUCGCAGUCGGUUUGCCAGCGAGGAGACGGUGUUGUUCUGCCUCCGUGUGAUGGUCGGCGUCAUCAUCCUGUACGACCACGUUCAUCCGGCCGGAGCCUUCGUCAAGACGUCCAACAUAGACAUGAAAGGCUGCAUCAGGGUGCUGAAGGAGCAGCCGCCCAGCAGUGUGGAGGGUUUACUCAACGCUCUCAGGUACACGACCAAACAUCUGAACGAUGAGACUACCUCCAAGCAGAUCAAAAACAUGCUGCAGCCAAAUUAACUCACUGGAGCUGAAACUGGAACGAUGGACGCAGCGAGACGCAAGUGUUUUGGUCCAAAUUUCAACAGAACUACUGAACAAACCUUUUAGCUAAUAUUUCUUUGUGAUUGUUUUUGUUUUUUCACUCUCAUUUUUAAAAACAAAAAAAAAACUGUUUUUGUUGUUUAAAAAGAAAAAUACAAGAAAAAAGAGAAAGAAGCCAAGAAGAGAUGGAGUAAAAGAAUCAGCUCAAGUUGCCUUCACGUCACGUCAGCUUUACAAGUCUGGUUUAUAGUCUGGUAACGGUAGUGCAGCUAACUUUUACCUCAGGAAAUUUAAUUUGCUUGUAGUUACAAAUUUUCAGAAAACACUGCUAGCAUUCUGCUAGCGCCCCCUAAUGGCUCAUUACAGUCACAAUCUGAUGAGUCUGUUUCUGGUUAUAAAAUAGCGACGUCCAUGAAAAUUGACAACAGAAACAUUGCUGUGAAAACUGGAACAAGUUGCUGCAAUGCGACUUAAACUGAUGAACUUCGUUGGAUGUUUUUGAACCUCAGCAGCGGCUUAGUGUGACUCAGUAGAUUUGGACUGCAGGUAUAUUUUCAUGCACCAACAAAAAUUCUAACAUUUUUAGGUAUCAAUGGUUCAUGUAGAGUAGAAGUUUUGACAGGGACACAAAGUUAACUGCACGUUUUUCAAGGAAUUUACUUCCUACACUAGAUGAAGACAAGUUCAGGAUUUUCAAAAAAAUUCUGAAAACUUAAACUGCAACUGCGAAAAAACCAUAAAGGAUAUUAAUGCACAGAUUUACACAGAUAACAUUUCAAGCCUUGUGACCCGUUUAAACUUCAAAUGAAGUUUCCACUGUAAAAUCUACCGGAGCUGCAAGGUUCUAAAGUAAUUUUGGGAGUUGUCAGGCCGACUUCCCAUUCAUUUCAAUGGAGAUUUUUAACAGUUUUUUUAACACAGAAUUUUGUAAAAACCGUACGACAAAUCACUAACAAAAAACACAGCAAACCUUUUAUGUUUUAAUUUAUGUUUUGUAUGGGUUUUCUUAAAGCUGCUGGAUGAGUUAGGUGCCAGAAACUGUGUUGGAAGAAUUUAUAAUACGAAUAAGGCCGAGCCUUAAAACUUCAACAAAUGAAUAACGUAGUCGUACAUUCAUUAUAAAUUGCAGAAGGUGGCGCUGUCUCCAAACAAAGGGUUUUAGACUUAGACCUGAAAGUGGAGCCUCUGGUGCUGCAGACACGUAUUAAAAUUAGCUUCAUUACAAGAAACAACAACUUCUGCAUGUCCCUGUAGUCUGCUUUUCCCAUCUGCUCAUUCAUCUCUGGUGUAACUUUCAUAAAGAGAAAACCAUCAACAGCCUUCCAGGAUUAAUCUGUUAUUUUUUGUGGCUGGAAGAAGAAACUACCUGUGGACGUCUUCACAGCUUUGACCUGGUCCAAUCUGAUGGAGACUGUUGGAUUUAACUCAUUUAAUGUUUAAUGGGAGUCAUCAGUGUUGUGCUUUCUACUGAGGGUCUACGUCAAGUCAGUUUCAUCAUUUCCCCAAAACCACGAGAGUCUAUUUGACUCCUCCACACAUGUAAACAGGCUGAAACCGUGUCGGUACGAAAGACGUAGAUGUGUCCUACGUAUGCUGUAGACUCCCACGAUUUAUCAACGUAGUCGGCAGCAUGUCAGCAAUAGAACAUAAUAGAGGCCUAAGUAACAACAUGCCAAAGAAGUCAUCGCUGAAGCCGCCUCUUGUUCAACCUGACACCCAAAAAGUCCAGUUUAAAUUCUGCCACUAGCAGUUUGUGUAUCGCAGCGCAACAACCGACAUGCUGGAACAAUUAAAAACAGCAGUUAACUCAUCUGUGUUUUAGUCCUCAAUGCUUCUUGUGUUGGAAUCAGGAGAAAAUAACCAGGUUACGUUGAUUUAACACCAAAUACCAGCUUUUAUGUUGAUGUAGAAUUCAUUUAGGCUGACAAGGCUGCAGGUAGAAUCACUCAGUGGUCUGUGGAAAGAUUUUUAUGUUUCUCUGAGACCAAUCGAUUGGUUGAAGAGUUGGUACGAUUUCCUUUGUUUCGCUCCCCUGCUCACUGGAAAUGGCAGGUUUGAUGAGGAUUUUCACUGAGCCUCACACUUUUCCACUCCCUGUUCCACCAAAACAACUCCUCCAUCACUGUUUUACAUCUGGGAUAAAAACACCACCUAGGUCGAUUGUGGUUGGUUUAAAGUGUUUCCUCUCCUACAGAAAAACGAGAAUAGAUGAAUCCACUGUGGUCCUUGUAGAGACAAACAAGUCAUUUAGUCUUUAGGACAAAACAACAACCCGAACCAAAAACUGUUUACAAAAAGACUGUUAAGUACCACGAACAGGACGAUUAUCAGUAUUUAAACAAUGUUGGAUCAACAUGUGGGACCAAGACAACAUCUGAGGUUGAUUGAUUAAGAGGAAACAUCUCGACCUGCAGCGGUUCUACAUGUUGGCUGUUUGCGUUCUCAGCUGAUCUGUACUUCUGACGUGACGUGAACGCAGCUUUGACAGUUUUCAGGCAGCACAGAUCUGUUAGUGUCCGUCUAUUUAAAGUGCUCUGGUAAUUCAACAGUCUUCUUCAUUUUAACCCGUUUUCCAUCACCUGAAGCCCAGGAGUUCUUCCACUGGUUCGAUUUAAAUUCCUCGGCUGCAGUUUCUACCUCAGAGAAAAGCCUCUGUGGCCAAAGUUGCACUUUUCAGUUGACCGCUGGAGUCACGAUUUCACAGGAUAAACACGUUUAUCAGGAAUUCUACAGUAAAAUGAUGGUUUAUGAGACUGUCUUAACACAUCAGAGGUAAUAAUUUUAAGGUUCAUCAUUGUCAGAUCUAUUUCAAAGGCUCUGGAAACGUGGUUUCUCAAAACACGACUCCAGUAUACAACCAAAAAUCUGUCAGAUUAUGUCUCAACAUUUCCAUCCAUCGCAUCGGUGCUCCUGAUAUUCAGCAGGUUUGUCUGUAAAAUCACUGUUUCAAUGAGAAUGCCUUUUUUCACAGUUUUCAAACUCCUUUUUGGUCAUACAUCUGUCUGAGCUGCAGUAACUGAGGGGAGACUAGAGGCUUUUCUGAGCACCGACUCGUAGCUUCUACUGAUGCUAAUGAGACGUUCAGGGCACAUCUGUAAACUGCAGCUUCAGAAAAACAACCAAAGGAAAAGCGUUAAACAGUUCAGUAGCCAGAUAUCUGGGUCAAACUGAAACAGCCGUUGACUAUCAUUCAGUAAAGCAAAGACAUUUCAGACUGUGUCCUCACUGAGAAUCUUUUUUUAAAGUCCGCUGAAUUCAAGUUAAAGGUGAACUGAGCUGCCUGGAAGGUAGGAAAUCCAUCUGAAACCAUCUGUUGGGAGUGAGGCGAUGAAAGAAGCACUGUGACGAGGACGAUACGGUAUAGACACGAGGAAAACCUCAGACUGAUGCAGACUUUACUUUUUUAAACGUUCGAACACGAUGUGAUUAGUGGGACUGUUGACUGGAAGCUUUUCAUUUUGCUCUGUAUGUUAACGCUGCAGCGGCAGGGAUUGUAUGGCAUUAACUGUUUUAAAUGAUGUCUUUGUCGGCCAAAUAAAGUUUUUACAUUUUUAAGAAAA